AUGGCGCAAGCCCUGAGGGAGCAGAAGAACAGUACCAAACUCGUGCUGGAGUGGCUGCAAAUGCCGCUGUUGGUAGCGGCGCAGUGUCAUGCCCAGCGCAACCAGAGGGUGCCGCCGGAGCUGACUAGAGAUCAGCUGGGGGAGGAGCUGAAUAAGGUAUGCAUGGCGCAAGCCCUGAGGGAGCAGAAGAACAGUACCAAACUCGUGCUGGAGUGGCUGCAAAUGCCGCUGUUGGUAGCGGCGCAGUGUCAUGCCCAGCGCGACCAGAGGGUGCCGCCGGAGCUGACUAGGGAUCAGUUAGGGGAUGAGCUGAAUAAGGAGCUCCACAUAAUCGAGAACAGUAAGCGCACUCUGACAAACUUGUGCCACUCCGGCUGGGAGAAGAUCAAGGAACUCACCAACGUGCAUUGUCGCCUGGAGAGAGAGAUCAAGAAUAAGGACGAGACUAUCGACUUGGAGAGCAGCGUCAGGCAUCUGGACAGGAACUGCUCCAAUAUAUCUUAUAAAUUGGAUCCUACUAGGAUUCCUGCUGAAACAAUGUCCGAAGAAGCCUACAUAGACUGCAUAAAGAACACGAUAGACAUCGCGGAGCGUCUCAUGUUCGAGUCGAAGAACCUUCGAGAACAGAUGUUCCGUAGCCGAGAGACCGCCCGGAACCAGAUGCGAGCCCAGAGUGAUGCGGUUGAGAUGAUCAUGAGGAGACGCGUGUUUGAUGUGCAAAGGGCUAGGAAUGAGAUGGAGUGGCAGAAACAUAAGCUAGAGCAAAACCUCGUCAAAGUGGACCGCGAAAUAGAGUCCCUCCGUGCAGCAAUAGCUGACAAAAUCAACCCUACAAAGCUAGUGGAAACCCGUUUGGAGAUGCGAACCAGGCGGCCAGUACUUGAGCGAGUCAACGACAAGCCCAUGAGAGGGUUGACUGAGGAGUAUGAGAGAGUCCACACUAGCAGCAAGCAUUUGGAGCAGAAGCUUGAGGAUGCUUUGAAAACCUACCACGGCAUGCAAAGCCACCUGCAGCGGGUGACCAAAGGCCUACAAUACAAGAACCAGGCUCUGGAGACCGACCGCCGACUCGUCGACAUCAGGAAGCCCAUACACGAGCCCGAUCAGACGGAGUUCAAGAGAAAUGUGGGGUACUGUCAUAUGAGCGAUGAGCUGGCUCCGGAGUGAGAGUGUUAGGACUGUUGGGAGUAACAGCCUUGCCUCACUACUCACUAGGACGCCAUAGCGAUGCGUCGUUGCUAGUCAAACUGUAUAGAAUAACAUCAUAAGGUCGCCAAGAAAGGGAUUUAUCAGCAUACUUUUCAAUACUAACUAUUACUAACUGCUUGGAUACCGUCGCUGUGGUGUCCUAGUGAGACACAUCACUAAAGUUUAUUAGGUAAUAGGCUGUUGCGUUCCCAGUAGGCAAAUUGUUCGCUCGUUACUAGGCACGCGUAGAGCAGUGAUCGCAAAACUAUAGUAAACUAUGAAUACUUGGCAUACCUACUGAUAAUUUUAGAAGUAUAACAAGACUUUAUCCUCCCAGUGUUGUUCAAA